AUGGGAACUGAAAAAAGCCGGCGGGAGUCGGCAGACCGGGAAGGCCCGGCUUCUCCUCUGCUGGUGCAAUAUAAGGAAAACGCGACCUGCUCAGGCAGAAAAGAGGAGACGGAAGCCAAGGAGGAAGAAGCGGAGCUCGGCUGCUGGAGGGUACACGACGGAACUCGCGCUGCGCGGGAGGAGGAAAGCCUGUCCUUCUCUCCCCCGCCCCCAUCUGCCUGUGGCACCCAUCAUUCGGCUCGACUGGACGUCACGAAGGAGACAGGCACAAGUCCCCGUGCUUCUUCGGCCUCUCGGCCUUCUGGAACUCCUGCUGGUUCCGCGUCUUCCGACGACGGAGACACUUCACUUCCGCCUCGGGGCGUGGGCCAUGCUGAGCCCCAGGACUUUCCAGGUGUCGCCGCGACCGCGGUCGCGCCUCCUGGCGGUGUCUCCUUUCGGAGGCGACAGCCCUAUGGCUCCGAGAAAGGCGAACCGAACAAAAGCGCGAAUGGUGCGGACUACGGGAACGAGACAGGAAAGGCAGUGAAGUGGAGGAAAGCGCCAAGGACGUCCAGCCACAAAGGAGAGACGAUGAACGCGCUUGCCCUUCUCGGGGCGCCUUCCGCCUCUCGGGACUCUGCGCGUUGGUCCUCCUCGGAGUCGUCGCGAAGCUGGGCCUCUCCGGAGAAGACAGAGUUCUCCGUCACUCGAGCUUGUCUGCCUUUAACUGCGCUGCUCCUUCUCAUCUUUUCCUCGCUUCUCUUCAAGGCGCUGCCGAACUAUCUCGGGAGGCCUAUCGAGCGGUCGCAUGCAGGCUUCGGCUCGACUGCACAACAGGUUCUCGCGAACCUCGUUUUCCAGUCUGCUGAACCUUCCGCAGCCUCGGCAUUCUCUCCGGAGGACCUGCCCGCAUCUUUCGCGGUCCCACACCACUCCGUCGGGCCUCGUCGGCUCGCGGCGGAGACAGGGAAGGAGACAGCUGCGCCGGUGUCUGGCACUGGGAGCGGGGCGGGAUCCAGAUGCGACGAACCGCCUGAGGAGGAGAACCCAAUAGCGUCCACUCUCUCGUUUUUUUGUUUCCUCUUCUUCGCCGCGGUUUUCCUACAGUGGCUGGUGUCGAAGAUCCCCUCCUAUCCGCCACCCGUCUCCGUUGUCUGGUUUGUUUUCGGCAUGGUCGCCUAUGGCGUCGCCAGCAUCCCCUCGCUUCUCCCGCCUCAGACCCAAGAGAAGGCAAGACUCGAAGCGACGGAAGGGAUGGAUGGCCAUGCAAGAGCCGCUGAAAGCAACACUGGCAUUGGCGAGGUUCCUCUUAUUGGCCACAACUCGCUGCAAACUGGAAUCCUUGAAAUGCGCGUGAUCGACAGCAACGUCGUCUACUUCGUCCUCGUCCCCAUUCUCCUCUACGAAGCUACGCAAAGCAUCAACUGGCACAAAUUCAAACGCUUUCUUGCCGGCGGCCUUCUCCUAGCUGUCCUGGGGGUUGCUGUACAAGUUGGAAUUCUCGGAGUGAUGUUUUACUACACAUACAUGCAGCAGUAUGUGCCGAAUACCGCCGACAGCGACCAGAGUCCACUGACCGCUGCGUUUCUGCUUGCCUCGACUCUGUCGUCGACGGAUCCGGUCGCGGUCUUGUCUGUUCUGAAUGCCGUAAACGCUUCAGACAAACUGUGCACGAUGUUCGAUGGCGAGUCGCUUAUCAACGACGGCUCCGCCGUCUUGCUCUUUCAGUUCUUCUUCUACCUGCUUCAAGGCUUCUCGGAGACGCCGCUGUCCACGUUCAUCAUGUUCAUGAAGCUGCUGUUUGCCGGCCCGGCGCUCGGCUGUUUUCUUGGAUUUCUCGUCUACUUGUGGCUGAACUGUUUCCGGAAAUAUCCCAUGACGCAAUGCCUGGCCGUCAUCACAGUCUGCUACAUCGCCUACUUUGUCGCCGAAGUCGCCUUCAGUCUCUCGGGGCCGCUCACUGCUGUCUGCUACGGUCUCUUCAUCAAAAGCUACGGACAUAUUGCUCUCGACCGGGAAGCUCAGCACAAGCAUCACACGCUCGUUGAGGGACUGGGUUUGAUGGCGAACUGCGCUAUUUUCAUCAUCAGCGGCAUUGUGACUUACGGAAUGAUGAGCUCAGUCUUCCAUCGCAGCGAUGGUGGGACAUACUGGCUGCAUCUUUUCCUCACGUACAUUUUCCUGAAUGUCGCGCGAAUCUUCAUGAUUGCUCUCUUCUCGCCUUUCCUGCGACGAACGGGAUACGGACUCAGCUGGAAAGAGGCGAUUCUUCUCUUCUGGGGUGGUCUCCGUGGGGGCAUUGUGUUGGCGCUUGGCUUGCGAAUCGAGCGUGACGGAAAUCUCGAAAGCGAGUUGACGAAGGCUCUUUCCUUCUUCAUUUCGGGGAGUGUCUUCCUCAUUCUCGUCGUCCACGGAAUGACUUUCGAGCUCCUCUACCGGUGGCUCAACCCGUAUCCACCGAAACCGUUUCGCCGCGUGUAUCUUGAAGCUGUCAUGAAAAUGAUCGAUUAUCAGUACAUGGAAGAAAAGCAAGCUCUCAACAAUCACUGGCUCUUCAACGGGACCGACGUGUUGGUGUACGCAGACAAAGUGGUGCCUGCCUUGGGUUGGCGAAAAGUGGACAGACUGGGGAAUCUGAACUUGAAGGCCCCCGACAUCAGCGUCGCCCUCAGCUGUCUCCACGAGGCCUCGUUUAAUACGUGGGUGGUUCCGACUGCGUACUCGACGGGUCCGGCGAUGACCGUCGUGAAGCGCAUGGCGACGGCGGCGGUGUUGCCUCCAGAGGCGCGUGCGACCCUCGCCUUGGAGCAGGGAGAAGCGCUGCGAGAAGAGGCGGAGAAACGCGAAGACGAAAAAGAACGGGUCGGUGCUCUGCGUGCAGCCUUUUCGAUGGCCCUCGACCAAGUCCGUGAUGGCGACAGAGCUGGCGGGCCUGGAGGCCGCGAGCUCCCCGAGACGACCGCCUACGGGAGUUCGAGUGCCGAUCCUCGCCUUCUGUCGCCGGCGUCCUCUGGGCUUGGGUUGCCCAGAGACAGCGCUUUCGGUUCUGGUAGUCUGGGGCGAGGCCUGUCGCGGUCGGCGGGAGAGAAGUCGAUGUUCUUGGCGCCUCCUGGGUCGAGUGGGAGCAUUCUGCUGACCCCUCAGAGUGCCGCGCCUGACGGCACCCAUGCCGGAGGUGACAGCGACCGCGAGGUCGACAAGCGUGUCGCGACGAGAGCGGCCGAAGACGACAAGGAGCCCAAGGGGGUCGCUGAAGGUUUGCCGAACACCUUUCUGGGCUCCAGAGAAGUCGAGCGCGGCGCCGAAUCUGCACAACUCUCGCCGCGGUACUCCGUGAAAAGCCAAGCGCUUCCUGUCGAGGCAGAGACCAAUCAGUCGCCCGUCAUCUCACAGGCGCCGUCCGUCGUCUUCCACAGCCAGCCUGUGGGGCACACCGAUGGGGGCCUUUCCCAUCGCACAUCCAUGAUCGGUCCUCGCCAACGCGAACCCGGCAGAGCGAGCGGCGAAACGGAUGCCAGACUCAAAAAUUACCACAAGGAGAAGCAGGCCCACACCCUCGCUGCGUUGUCGCAAGGUUUGAAGCCGGAGCUGGGAGUGGGGAUUGGCGUCGGAUCAACUUUCGAUCCAAAGUUCAACCUUCGUCUCAUCGAACACGCAACCACGAUGGGGAGGAUGGCGGAGAAUCUGAGAGAAACUGGGAAGACCGGCGAAGAGGCGGUCGCGGCGGCGUCGAGCUCCAGACGCCGCAAGGCCCGAGGCCUGCGUCUCCACAGUCGGCGGGAGGCGGACGAGGCCGAAAAGAAGGCGAAUUCGACGGACUCGUCCUCGUCUGGCUCGGAGACAGACGACCUCGACAACAAGCCCGUAGAAGUGAUUGUUGAGGGUGAGGAUCCUCAGACGAAGCUCCCGGUCUAUCGCCUGACCAGCAUGCGCACACAGAGACUCACGUUCGACACCGAUGGACGAGGAGCUCCCGCCCACAGGAGAGACGAAGGAGACUCCGACCCAGAGGCCGCAGCUGACUGGAGGGAUAGCCGCCACCACGUCGGCCCUGUAGGGUGGGCGAACGCGCUGCUCGACACUGUUCGCUUCCGACGCAUGCGGACGCAUGCAGCCAUCGACAGCGGGGUCGGCGAGGGAACACGAUCUCCGGUUUUGUCUCGCGGCCACACCUCGGUGCUCCACUCGCGCCGCAGGAGACACCAGGAGGACGAGGUCGAGGAUUCUGGCGCCUGGGAGAAGAAAGUCCGCGCCGCGGGCCGGCUCGCAGUGCCCCUCGUCAUCCCUGCAAGGCGUAAGGCGAUGUCGGUUCUCGGUCGGGGAGGGGACGAGUCGCCGCGGACCCUGGCGAAGAAGAAAGAAGGCAAAGAUGUCGGAGACGAUGGUUCCACGUCAGGCGAGGGCCUUCUGAGCACGAGGAAGGUCGAGGACGGGAACCAAGGAGCUGCAGACGAAGCUGGAGAAGAGGACGAUGUCCUCAAAGACUUCCCAAGAUACAGCGACGAGGACGGCUCCGACGACGGACGCGCACCCACACGCUUCGACACAGACGCCACCCUCGUCUUCCACCACAAAGACCUAGUCCCUGGCAUCCAAAAACGAAAAUCGAAACGAAAGGGUGUGACACGGCGCAUGCAAUCGCUUCUGCAUCUUCCACACCGAUCGCGUCGAGGCUCAGACGCGUCUCGGAUGAAUAUGCUGUCUCCUCCUGUGAGCCCACGACCUGGCCACGCAGGAGAGAACGAGCUGCCUCCCGGCGCCUCUUCACCAGCAACUCUCGCCGCUCCUGGGGGUGUAAGGAGCGAGAAAGAGAGGAAAGAGAGAGAUGAGGCGUACACACCUGCUUCUGUGACGCCUCCAUCGGCCGUUAGGUCUCCGGACAGCGGCGCCGGAGGCUCGGCGGCGCCUGAGUCUGGCGAGGAAGGGCGCUGGCCGCUGAAGCUCCUGGCGAAAAGCGUGGAUAAGCGGCAGGACGGGGACCCAGAUAAAGAUCGCGGCCGAGCCGGAGGUCAUCUCGGGAUUCCACGGGCGUCUAGUUUCAGGCGGACCUCGGAGAAAUCCGCGUCGGCUGUUGCAGCAGAUGGCGAUGCGUCUGGAGACCAAGGAAAGACUCUUGUCCCACCUCUGGUCUUGCCGCCAGAUAACGGCGAAAAGGCCCAUAGUAGAGACCUCAGCGGGGGCUCUGGUCGCCGGGGGUCGGGCGGCACCGCGCCACGUCGGACUGUCUGGAGCCGCAAAGGCAGACAUGGCGAAAAAGAAAAACGCAUUCUGAUUCGGGGCAGAAGGCCAGUUCUGCGCGGCCAAAAGGACCGCGAGAGGUCCAAAUCCACUGACUUCGACGCCUUCAAUCGGAACCCAUCCGGCACAGGCGCCAUAGGCGGAAGAGACACGCGCAGCGAAGGUGCGCAGAGCGCCGAUGAAGCAGACCGUCUCGCCGACCUCAAACGCAGCCUGUCGCUCGGCAGCUCUGAGAGCUACUUCGAGAUCCCGGCGACGCCGCGCCGGGGAUCGGCGUUGUCGCCUGAUCGCGGAGGCCGGGAGGUGAGAACGAUGUCUCCGCGAACGACGCAGAGAGCCGGCAGCCGUCGCAAGGUGUUGAGGAAGGAGCGCGAGGGUGAGCUGUAUUUGAUGAUUUUCAACGCGUGCAGAGAAAUGUACCACCGCCUCUACCACAAGCACUGCAUCGGCGGCAGUGCGCUGCUCAGCUUGAACACCUCGCUGGAUCUCAGCAACGACUUUGCUGUCGGGAAAGUGCGACAGAAUCCCAUUCGAGCGUGGGCUGAAGUCCUCCAGGAGGACGAGCACGGAGCUGGAGAGGCGGGAGGCAAACGAGGCCCGAAAAAGCGGACGCUCCAGACCCUGACUGGAUUCGAGUAUGAAUGGAGUGUUCUCCAGUCGCGCCUUCACUGCAUGCAAGAACAGCAGCAGGGCUGGUGUGGCCUUCGCGCUGCUCCGUUCUGUUGCGGCCGGCGAGUUCCAUCUGCAUUUAUGCGUUCGCUCCUCAACAGUGGCGCGUGUCAGAGCGAUCUCGAGCAAAUCCUUGCCUUCGUCGAUGUCCACGAAGAGCUCCUGGAGAAGGGAGGGAAAAACAUGCAACAGCUCAUGGGCGAAGAACUGCUAGCUAGCUACAACCGCCAGAUUCUUUCUGCCAAACGCUUUGUGCUGUACAUACGCGACUGCUAUCCAGACAGCUUCCGUGUCGCCAUCUGCAAAAUUGCGGCCACCCUCUUGCUCAACUUGAAGACAAAGCUGGUGAAGGACACAGCCCAGAAAGGUCUUGUUCUGGAAGAAGACAAAGAGAAGCUGUUGCGCAUUCUCGACGAGCAGCAGUUCCGUCUGUCACGGUUCCGGCCGUGCUUCAUUUUUAUUCGACCGCAGAGCUGCAUGCCCUCGGCCAUGGGGCAUGUCCUCGCGUUCGGGGCGCGAAGCCACUCGGCGUCGAGCAGCAGUGGCGCCACGUUUUCGCGUGGAGGUCGAGAUCUCCUCGCUCUUCGUUCCACGAGCUCGGACGGAGCUUCAGAGAAAGGAAAAGAUGCAGAUCAGACAUGCAAUGACGCGUAUGACGGCUGGGCCGGCGCCGAAGACGAAGGGGGACGCGGAGUGAUGCGCCGAGAUUUCCAGGAGCAAAGUCCCCGCUUCGCGGGCGCCACGGCCCUGCCGUCGCUCUGGGAAGGACGGGACAAUCAAGACGACGAACGCAGGGCGUCCGGAGACAGACGUAGGUUCUCCUCUGUUGUUCGCAUGAUGGACAGCGGCAGACAUGGGCAGUGUCCUCCCGUUGACGGUGGUUCACAUUCGUUCGCAGACGGCUGCGACGCUCGCGAACUGGACACGAGUACGGUCCAGGUCUGUGGGACUCCAGCGAGCUUUCAGAAUGCAGUUUAACACCGUUGGUGAGAGGGGCCAGUCCUCUGGAGAAACAGGACAGCUUCGUUGCAGGCGGUAGUCUAUUUCUGAAGGCGAGCGAGAGGGACAUUACACAGAAUUGCAAUGAUAGAAAGAAGCCUUGGAUGAAUUAUGAUGUUUGUUUGCGGCCGGGACCGCGAGAAAUGAAAUUUUUUGUCGCGUCACUUCCGAGCGACAUAUCAAAUGCGGUCGCUGUAAACAGCCGGGAAGUCUACGUCAAAAGGAUACAACCGAGAAUUGACUUCGAUGUACACCCGGACAUUUCAAUCCUGGAGUAGUUCUUGUG